AUGGGGGCGUGGGGGGCCCCCCGGGGUUUGGCUCGGCAGCAGCAAAUUUAUGAAAAGGCAGCAAACUUUUUGUUUUCAUAUUUGACGGAGGAGAAAUCCGUCACUUUUGCUGCUGCUGCUGCACCAGCAGCAGCAGCAGAAGCAGCAGCAGCAGCAACACCGGGAACUGCUGCUGCUGCUGACGCUGCAGUCGCAGCGAAUGGCCCCUUACGCGCUGCAGCGACGGAGCAGCAGCAGCAGCAGCAGCAACAGCAGCAGCAGCAGCAGCAGCAGCAGCAGCCGCAGCAACUGCAGCUGCAGCAGCAGUUGGAGUUCGCAAAAGCUGCUGUUGAGUUCGCAGGGCGGGCUGGAAUGAGCAGCAACGCUUUUUCCUUUAUAGAAAAGAUGGUAAAGGUUCUCGCCGCGCAGCGCGGCGGCGCAUUCUUCGCGCUGGACUUUUUGGGAUUUGUUUUGAAGAAGAAUUUAAUUGAAAACCAUAAAGACAUUUUGCGGGAAAAACGCGAAAAGUUCGAAAUAGUUCUUGUUGAAGAAAAAAGAUUUGAAGAGGCGAAAAAGAUUGCGGAGAAAAUGCAGCAAAUGAAAGAAGAGAAAUUUCUCCAGAGUUCUUUGCUGCUUCUUUUAAAUCUUAAUAAAUAUAUAAAUAAAUAA